GAGCGAGCAAGGUUGGCAAGGCGAGGCGAGGAGUGGGGAAAGUUUGCAGGCUGCACCGGGCUCGGCGCUCGGCUGCGAGGCCGGCAGCGAGCAGCUGCUUGAGGAUCUGAGCCACAAAAGAAGCUGCCGGAGUGGAGUGUGGAGUGGGCCUGGCUCCGGCUCCCCUCUCACAGUAGGGGACCGGGGUCGCCCCUGAUGUUGGAGGAGCGAGGACAGCCCGUGGGACUUGGCACAACGAGUCCGCCCGCUUGCUAUCCCCUGACUGAAGUACUGAAAGUGAGCGGGGCCCACGGUCCACCCCACCCCACCCCACCCCCGGCCUGCUGGUGGGGGGGCGGGGGGUGGCCAGGAGACGUCGGGGCGGCGGCGGCAGGAGCUGGAGGCGGUGUCGAGCCGUGGUGAACUGUGCACUUCAUCUGGAGUCGGAGAGCGUCCUCAUUCAUUCUCCCCGCCACACGGGUAAGUUCCUUCAUCCCUCACGCACAUUGUGCUGCUCGUUGGGACCGGCGAGGAAAAGGAGACCACCUCUAGGUGUGUUGGAGUGGAAAGUAGACGAUGAAGACCGUAAUUAUGUCCUUAACCUCAUUCAUUCGCCAGGCUGCAACUACGUGUACACGAUCCACCAAUCUAGCGAAGAUUCAAGAAGUAGCAAGCUGGCUGUUGGACAUGAACCAGGAAUUGCUGUCUGGGGGCAGCAAGAGGCAUCGAAGUGGAGGGUCCCUCCGUGGUAAUGCCUCAUUAAGUCAUGGAGAGGAGGACCAAAUGAACAGAGUAGUAGAGGUACAAGAGGGGAACUGUGCAAGGAAUGCAGACGGCAGUGGAACGGAGGCACGUGGGAGCACUAGUGAUGAGGCUCCUGCUGCUGUAACUGAUGAAGAAGAAAACAACAACCAAAUCACAGCAGAGAUCAAAGAAAGGAACAAAGAGGAGGAACAUGAUGAUGACGAAGAGGAGAUGGACCAAGACAGUGAUGAUUUUGAACAAUCAGAUGAUAGUAGUAGAGAAGAAUCUUGCACAAAUGGAAAUGACCUAUCUGAUGAGAAUUAUACUGAUAUGGCCACACACCAAUCACUCGCUAUCUUAACAAAGAAUCAGAUGAAGAGAAAAUUGGACCCUGGCCCUGAGGUCCGGUCUUUCUCUUCAGGAAAGAAACCUUGCAAAGGCUCAGACUACAAAAGCACCGCUGGGCUGGUUCCAUGUUCGGCAACACCCACCACCUUUGGUGAUCUGAGGGCAGCAAAUGGGCAAGGGCAACCGCGACGCCGGAUCACAUCCAUCCAGCCCCCUCCAGAACUUCAGGAUUGGUUGAAAACUUUUCAGAGUUGGAGUGGACCAGAAAGGUUGCUUGCAUUAGAUGAAUUAAUUGACAGCUGUGAACCUACGCAAGUAAAACACAUGAUGCAGGUUAUAGAACCUCAGUUUCAACGAGAUUUCAUAUCACUCCUACCAAAAGAGCUGGCAUUAUAUGUUCUUUCAUUCCUGGAUCCCAAGGACUUGCUACAAGCAGCACAAACCUGUCGCUAUUGGAGAAUAUUAGCUGAAGAUAACUUGCUUUGGAGAGAGAAAUGUAAAGAGGAAGGAAUAAAUGAACCUGUAUACAUCAAAAGAAGAAAAGUGAUCAAACCAGGCUUUGCUCACAGCCCUUGGAAAAGUGCCUACAUCAGACAACACAGAAUCGACACUAACUGGCGCUGUGGAGAUCUAAAAAUCCCAAAGGUGCUGAAAGGUCACGAUGAUCAUGUAAUCACAUGCCUACAGUUCUGCGGGAACCGAAUUGUCAGUGGCUCUGACGACAACACACUGAAAGUAUGGUCAGCUGUUACAGGAAAGUGUUUAAGAACGUUAGUGGGGCACACUGGUGGUGUCUGGUCAUCCCAAAUGAGAGGCAAUAUCAUCAUUAGUGGAUCCACUGACCGCACAUUGAAAGUAUGGAAUGCAGAUUCUGGAGAAUGUAUUCAUACACUAUAUGGUCACACCUCUACUGUGCGUUGUAUGCACCUCCACGAAAACAGAGUUGUGAGUGGAUCUCGAGAUGCUACUCUUCGUGUCUGGGAUAUUGAAACAGGACAGUGCCUGCACGUGUUGAUGGGGCACGUGGCCGCAGUGCGUUGUGUGCAGUAUGAUGGGCGGAGAGUUGUUAGUGGGGCGUACGAUUUCAUGGUUAAAGUAUGGGAUCCUGAAACAGAAACCUGUCUGCAUACGUUACAGGGACACACCAACAGAGUCUAUUCAUUACAGUUUGACGGCAUCCAUGUAGUAAGUGGUUCACUGGAUACCUCUAUCCGUGUAUGGGACGUGGAGACUGGGAAUUGUAUUCACACGCUAACAGGACAUCAGUCAUUAACAAGUGGGAUGGAACUGAAGGACAACACUCUAGUGUCUGGUAAUGCAGAUUCCACUGUGAAAAUCUGGGACAUCAAAACCGGACAGUGUUUACAGACAUUGCAAGGGCCUAGCAAACAUCAGAGUGCUGUGACAUGCCUCCAAUUCAACAAGAACUUUGUGGUAACUAGCUCGGAUGAUGGCACUGUAAAACUAUGGGACCUGAAAACGGGGGAGUUCAUUCGGAAUUUGGUUACACUGGAGAGUGGAGGCAGUGGAGGUGUUGUUUGGAGAAUCAGAGCAUCGAAUACAAAGCUAGUUUGUGCAGUGGGAAGCAGAAAUGGGACUGAGGAAACAAAGCUGCUUGUGUUGGACUUUGACGUGGACAUGAAGUGAAGAGGUGGAAUAGGAAUUUGUCCAUCUGUUAAGUCAAGUGUACAUCACCCUGCUGUUGGUGGCUACAGGAUGUUGGCUUUGGAUGCCAUGAUGAAGACACAAAGACCUAGAGAUCGCUGGGAAAGGCAGGAAGGGAGGACAUAAUAUAACUGACACAGUCUGACUUGGUCGGAUGCACACUUUGUCUUGUUAUAUCUGACUUCCCUUUGCCCUUGGGCAGUUCUGUCCAGAAAGACUUGAUACAAAGCCUAGUGCAAUUAUUAUUUUUUUAUUGAUUAUCAGCACCCAGGUCACAGCAGCAAGGCAUAAAAAAGAAAAUUAUUUGAGAAGUUGUGUUUUAAACAAGCUGCUGAUCAGGCCGAGGGCUGGUUUUCUUAAAGACUUGGAUUAUGUCUGCCUCAGUUUGUCCUUUCAGGUUUCAACAUUUGAAACCUUACUGUGAAUUUUGUACAAUUUUUUAUAUAUAUAUUAAAAUGAAUAAAUAUAUAUAUAUAUAAAAAGCCUAAUGUUGCCAACAAUCAGUCACAGUAUUAACAUGUAUUUCUCUAUUUAUUCACCACUGCUUCCAGAUUAUUUUAAUGAGGGUUAUAUCGUUCUUCGGAGGCAAAUUAUCCUGAGUGAUUAAAGAACUCCAAAACUUGCGGAGUUGUUGGGAUUAUUCGAAUAGGUCUUGCUAAAGUCGUCCCAUCCCUGUACUGUAAUCUCAGUGGCCAAAUCAAUUGCUGCUAUGUCUUCUAUUGUGACAUUUCACAUCCAGAUUCUAGUUCAAAAUUUGAUCUGGAAUGGAUAAUUUUUGACUUUUAAAAAAAGGCAAUUGCCACAGAAACUUGAGCCAACUGUGCCUCUAGGAGGCUGAAAGAAAGAAAGAUGGCCUGCAAGAAGGAAACUGAGAAGAGUUAAGUGCUAUAUCGGAAUGUUUUUUGUUUCUGGACUAUGUUGAACACAUUCCUUCAGAAGGGAGCUCUUUCAGCCUGUAUUAUAGAGAAUUUUAUUGUGAGGUCUAUAGUGGAACAGAUAAAAAGAAUUAAGGUUACUGACAUCAUGCAAAAAGAACACGGGAGUCAAGUGAGAUGUGCAUAUAAAAUAAAAGAUGUCCUUGCUGGUCAGUCUUAGUGUAAACAGUAUUGAAAUAUCCAACUGCUACAGAGUCACUGACAAAGCAAAACUGAAUGUUUUGUCCUGAAACCGUGCCGGUAAAAUAGCUAAAUUGUUUGUCUCAUCAUUAUUCAGAAUUCACAACUCAACAUGAACUGUGAAAGUGGUUUAACACUGUAUACUAAACAACCUUGAGUGAGAUGCUUUGUUUUUCUUUUUAUUUUCCUGUUAAUUUAUAGUCUGUUUUUUAAAAGCAAAAAGAUAAAAAUCAGAUUUCAGGUAUUCUACUUUACAGUAUGUAAACUGCCUGAUGUAAUGGUGAAACCGAAAAGGGAUUGUGUCUAUGGUUUGAUUCACUUAGAAUUUUUAUUUUCUUAUAACUUAAGUGCAAUAAAAUGUGCUUUUUCAUUUGAAA